UGCUUUUAAUCAUCUAAAACAGUCCUUUAUUUCUUCAAAUAACGCAAAUUUAUUCUAAAGAUCUCCUGUAAACUCGAUUUUAGCUGGUGUCCAGGGAUUUUAGGACUCGCAUUUUGGUCAAAAAACGCCUGGUCGAUUUCUACUCAUGCACAACCAACAGAAAAAUAUGGCCGAACGACCUUCACCGAUAUCCUACGGGAAAAAAGCGAGGAAACUUUCCGGUGAUGACGGACCCAUUCCUAAACGAGUCAAACAAAUUAACACACCUGUCUACCCUGUAGAUAUAAUCAAAACAGAAGACGAUAUAAAAAGUAUCGAGCGAGAAAUGGAGGCACUCGAGAAUACUAGUGGGUCGAUAAAUUGUGGAAAUUGUGGGCGGAACUUGACUGUUAAGGUUAUUCAUGGUAAAUCCCCAAAUAUCAUUCACCAUUUUAUUUUCGGUGAGGCCUCACCGACGAAUCAUAGGCACCAGAUUCUCAAGUUGAUGUGUUGCGAACAAGGUGCUGGGGAGAAUCACGUUGCAGCUGUAAGAGUCUGUGGUCGAUGGUGGACGGUUGAAGAAAUGCUUACUUCCAACGACUUGGGACGAAAUGGCCUAAGAAGUGUGUGUACUUUUGGUGAGCGUCUUGUAUUAUCAAUGCUGAACAGAGUUGUGAUGAGAUAUCAGGAACACUCUCCUGGGGAUCCCGUGUUCCUAUCUCACCCUCCAAAUGAAAUGGCCAAAAUAAUGUGGAUAUCAGGGAAAGCUGUUGGCUUUUAUACCAUCAAGCAAAAAUUCAAGCUUAUCCAUGAUUACUGCCCUGAUGUUUGGGAUAUGAAUGUACUAGAUACAAUAUUUGUACGGACAAAUUACAGACAUCAGGGGAUUGCAACUCAAAUGCUUGAGGACUUUCUGGCAAGCUUCCCAGAGCAAGAUGUUGGUUUAUCAUAUCCGCUGGAAGACUCUCUUAGGGAAGUCUUUUUUAAGCUACUGACAAGGAGGAAAGAAGACAGGGCAAGAGUAUGGGAAUGCACAAUGCCAUCUUCAUGCCAUAGUAAGGUCAACCUCUGGCUUUCACUGAUACACAAGAAGAAAUCAAGCCGUGCUCGGCUCUCAGCAUAACAGCACAGGAACAAAAUGUUAAGACAGAAAUAUUAAAUUAUGUGGUAACUAAUGUUAGUUAUGUUAUAUUAUAGAGAUACAAAUAACAUGAAGAAAUAGGAAUUUUUCCACAUCGUGCUGAUCCUCCAUUAGACAAUUCCAGAUUUUGCUUCAUAAAAGAUAACAUAUAGAAGCAAAGAAGGGUAAAAUAGCUAUGAUUAGAGUAGAACAUUUGUUAUAAGAAAUAGAAAUAUUAUUCAAUAGCUGCAUAGUAUUUUGUCGAGUGCUGACAUGCCGUUGUUCUCUGUGACUGCAGAGGAGGAGGAGAUAAUAAUAUAUAUGAACAAAAA